GGGUUUCAGUCGGACAGAGCUUGUUGAAAAGAAAGAGAUGCAUUCCUGAAAGACUUGGAGUAGCUCUCCUCUGAAGGCGGCUCGCCGUGCAGGAGCUUUGACAGUGAGUGAUGGCUGGAGCACAUGCAGUUCCAGCCUAGUGCCUCAGUGCUCCGACAUACACACACAGAGAGAAAGAGAGAGAGAGAGAGAGAGAGAGAGAGAGAGACGCGAAAGAGUGGAUGUCACCGCGUCACUGUGGCAGGUGCGCGCUCUGUGUGGAAAGAAGUGGAUACUGAGGACCGGCUGCUGCUCUUUGGUGGAUGUUAACAGCACCUCUUCCUUCUCACCCUCACGUGCAGCCCUUCUUCCUUGCACAGCACCUGCAGAGGUAGAGGACACCGGAGCAACUCCUUCUGAAUGCUACCUUACAAUUUUGCGCGUCUCUUGCCACGGAACUUUAAAUCCUAACAAGGAAAAUCCCCCGCUGGCUUUUGAAAGUUUAAGUCAUCUCAGGUGCCUUGAGCAGUUGUCAGGCAGCUGAAUUUUGUAAUCCCCCUUUUCUUCUUUCUAUUUUCUUUUAUCUGGAGCAGAGGUGGGUGCAAUUUGGGAGGGGAGGCUCAUUAGAAGACUCCUCUUUCCUGCUCUUGUGUGCGGCGUGUCACGACUCGGGUUACAGGGAGCGCUAGGACAAUGUAUGGAUUACCCCUCUCCCGGCCGUCUGGCUCACCCCGGGGAAGUGGCAAGUGAGCUGGCAGGACAAGCAGGAGUCAUCAGAACUGGCGGCGUUCCAUCACUUCGGAAAAGGACUCUGUAACAAGGUCCCUGACAACACUGACAAGCUGGUCGGAUACAAGCACGACAGGAGCCGGAGUGGAACCACCCUUCGCAGGCUGGGUCAGAGGGCAGUAGCAGAAGAAUGCUGGUCCCGGGUGCCCAGGGGCAGGAUGUCGUUGCGUUGGCAGAGAGCUGCGGUCGUUAGAUGGUUCCUCUUGAUGCUCUUAUGGCAGUGGGCGUCCCUGGGCCCCCUCAGCUGGGUGCUGGCCCUGGCUGAGCCCAACCCCUCGCCCUUCUCCUCUGUGUCCGGCCGCACCAGCGGCCAGCUGGACUGGCUGCUCUCCGACAAAGGGCCCUUUCACCGCUGCCCUGAGUACACAGAGUUCAAGGAGCGAUUCCAGCAAGGCUUCACCACCCGCUACAAAAUAUAUAGGGAGUUCAGUCACUGGAAAGUGAACAGCUUGGCCACGGAGAAGAGAGACUUCUUCAAGGCCCCGCUGCCCUUGGCACCCGAGUUCCUGCGCAACCUCAGGCUGCUGGGACGAAGGCCGAGUCUGCAGCAGAUCAACGAGAAUCUGAUCAAGAAAUAUGGAACCCACUUUUUAGUGUCUGCUACUCUUGGCGGGGAGGAAUCGCUCACAAUUUUCCUGGAUAAGCAAAAGCUCAGCAGAAAAUCCGAGGGGAAUGGCAACAGCUCGGUGGUCUCCCUGGAAGUCCUGCACCAGUUGGCAGCCUCCUACUUCACUGACAGGGAGAGCACCCUGAGGAGGCUCCACCACCUGCAGAUCGCCACCUCUGCUAUCAAGGUAACCGAGACCAGAACGGGGCCCCUCGGAUGCAGCAACUACGACAGCCUGGAUUCCGUGAGCUCUGUCUUGGUGCACAGCCCUGAAAAUAAGAUCCAUCUGAAAGGACUGCAAGAUGUGCUGCCCGAAUUCCUGCGGAACCGCUUCGUGGAGGCGGCCCUCAGCUACGUGGCGUGCAACUCGGAGGGCGAGCUCCUGUGCCGCAACAACGACUGCUGGUGCCGCUGCUCCCCCAAGUUCCCUGAGUGCAACUGCCCCUUUGCCGACAUCAAAGCCAUGGAGGAGAGGCUCCGCAAGAGCAAGGAGGCCUGGACCAACUCCAACAACGAGUUCGUGGGGUCGGAUGAAUUCAAGGCCUUCUUGAAGAAGCUGCCCACCGACCGUUUCCUCAAUACCUCGGCCAUCCUGAGGUUCUGGACGUCUGACAGCGCUCUCCAGCGGCGCUACGGGCAGCUGGAAGCCAGCACCAAGCUGGUGUUGGGCAAGGCCCAGAAGAUCGUGCGCAAGCUCUUCACUCUGAGCAAGCGCUGCCCCAAGCAGCCCAGGAUCAGCCUGCCCAGAGACAGGGCGCUGCGGUUCUGGCUGAACCGAGCGCAGUCGCUCCUGUACUGCAGCGAGCACGGACUCCUGGGCACCUUCUCCGAAGAAACGCUGAGCUGCACCUGCGCGUCGGAGCAGGGUGCCUCAUGCCAAGGCAGCGUGCCAUGCCAGGUGGGCGAGGGCACCUCCUGUGCCUCCUGCACGGCGGACAACGUCACCCGUUGCGGGGCGUGCCACCCGGGCAGCAUCUUGCACAUGGGCUCGUGCCGGCCCAACAUCGCCAACUCGCUGGACCACUACGUCAACUUUGAUUUCGACAUGCCAGACGCAGAGAUGCGCUUCCUCCUGGGCCGGCUGGACAGCCGCAUGGAGGUACACGCCAUCUACAUCAGCAACGACGUGCGCCUGGGCAGCUGGUUCAACCCGGGCUGGAGGAAGCGCAUGCUUCUCACCCUGAAGAGCAACAAAAACAAGUCCAACCUCAUCCACAUGAUGAUGGGGAUCAGCUUCCAGAUCUGUGCCACCAAGAACAGCACUCUGGAGCCUGUGCCGGCCAUCUACGUCAACCCGUUCGGGGGCAGCCACUCAGAGAGCUGGUUCAUGCCGGUCAACCAGCAGGAGUUCCCCGACUGGGAAAGAACUAAGCUAGACGGCUCGCUCCAGUGCCACAACUGGACGCUGGUGAUGGGCAACAAGUGGAAGUCCUUCUUCGAGACUGUGCACAUCUACCUGCGCAGCCGCAUUGUCACCGAUGACCCGGCCAUCAACGAGACACUCUUCUACGAGCCACUGGACCUGGACGACCACACCUCCAACCAGGGCUAUAUGAAGAUCAACAACCUGAAGGUGUUCGGGUACAGCAUGAACUUCGACCCUGAAGGCAUCAAGGACCUGAUCCUGCAGCUAGACUACCCGUACACGCAGGGCUCGCAGGAUGCUGCCUUCCUGAUGCUGCUGGAGAUGAGGGACCGCAUCAACCGGCUCUCCCCACCGGGGGCUCAGCCCCUGGACCUCUUCUCCUGCCUGCUCAGGCACCGGCUCAAGCUCUCGGCCAGCGAGGUGGCGCGGCUCCGGGACUCCCUGCAGAGCUUCAGCGCCAAGCUGCCCAACUCCCCUGAGCCAGAGCUGGGGCAGUUAUGCACCUAGCCUGGACGAACCCUCUGACACGGGUGUGGGUGUGUUUGUGUGUGUGUGUGCGCAAACAAACUCACGAGUGCGUGUCUGGCCAUGCUAACUCAGAGCAAGCAAACAUGAAGUGUUUGGGGACAGUUCUGGAGGACUGUGUGAGUAUUUGUGGGCAGCCUGAACUGAAUUUCCACACACUAGCUGUUCAGCAUCAGAAAACAGUGGGGAUUUGUCACCCCCCGAGUCACAGCACACUGCAUAUAAAUGGAUCUCUGACUUCAGUCUCAAACAGAGGACAAAGCCCUCAAAAAAGAUUCUGCAAUGGAUUGCUUGCUAAUUAUUAUGUUAGGGAAGGAAAAGGGAAGAAGAGCAAAUGCUAUGGGAAGCACUUGCUUUCUCUGUCACAAUACACAGCAGUUUGUUUUCAUUUUAUCACCAUUAUGUUUGGAAGGGAAUUGCCACAUGAAGUAUCAGUCAAGAAAGAUGGAAACAGAGCUUAAUGGUCGAACCAUGAUAACGAUCAACAUGAAAUUCACGUCGUUCAUUUUCUAUGUCAUCUUGGUAAAUCCUGUACAGUGACAUGUAAAUCUGUUCUUGAAUUUGGAUUUAGUUGCCCUGGUGUUGUAUGCAGAGACUGCACCAAAUGUUCGGCUUUAUGGUAAACAGAAUGGCAAAUGUCUGUUUUUUUAACAUUCAAGGAAAUCACUUUUGAGAUUGUAAUGCUACAGAAGAUCUUAUCUGACAUUGUUUUGAAGAGGCUUGUUGACAACUUUGUAAAUAUUGCUUUGUCUCAUUCCAAUUGUUAAAGUUGCAGUGCAUUGCUUUUUUUUGGAUAAAUUAUACGUGAUGUUUGUACUUUUUGAAAGUACAAAGACCAAAAGCAUCUAUUGAGAAAAGGAUCAGUGUCCAAUGCCUUAUGAAGUGGAUUAUUUGUUCAGAUAUUGAAGCACACUCAGUUUUCUAUGUGCAUCCAAGUGUCUUUUUUUUUCUUGCAAACAACGUUUUGCUGUACAAUUGCAAUAUUUUUCUGUUAACCAUUCAUUUCAUAACAGCACCAUUAUGACAAAUAUGGAAUUAUAAAAUUCAAAUCGUU